CGCACGCAGCUGCUUGUCAUUUUUCCAGCGCUCGAGACGCAACGACGGAGAGAGGAGCUCGCGCCGGCUUGCUCCAGGGAUGUUACCUGUGAUGGACUUGAUAUAAGACCAGAACACGCAGUUUCUCUCUGACUGUGACCACUUAGCCGUUAGUUACAAGUGCAGUUUUGCGGGACACAAACUGCUCUAAUGGUCUCAAGUGUUUUUUUUACCGCCGCUGUUUUUUUUAAAUGUGUUUUAUGUGUUUGCGCUCAACAGUGAGGUAGACUUAUUCGGGCACAUUUUACAGGAGCGUCGGCGUGUGACUUAUCCCGUGGAUGCGGCUGUCGGGGUCGGUGUCUGAGCCCUGCAGGACCAGCCUGUCAUAGGGCACCAUGAUGUCUCUGGUUGCUCACAAGUGGAUGAGGAAUAUUUCUCCGGAGAUGCUGCUGUUGAUGCUGAUAUUGUGGUUUUUACCUCUGACUGGAGCGGCUCCCUCUCUGACUACCGAGCAGCUGGACACGGGGGUGGACUGGCUGAGUAAGUUUGGCUACCUCCCGCCCCCUGACCCAGUGACUGGUCAGCUUCAGACCAAGGAGGCCCUGACCAAGGCUAUCAAAGCCAUGCAGAAGUUUGGAGGGCUGAAGGAGACCGGAGUCUUUGACCAAGCCACACUGGGUCUAAUGAAAACGCCCAGAUGUUCUCUGCCAGAUGUGUCUGAGACAGAGGUGGUAAUGGGCCGCAGGAAACGAGGCCUGACUCCUCAGAACAAAUGGAAUAAGAGACAUCUAUCCUGGAGAGUGAGGACCUUCCCUAAGGAUUCGGCCUUACUGGGCAGGGACACUGUUCGAGCCCUAAUGUACUACGCCUUGAAGGUCUGGAGUGACAUCGCACCUCUUAACUUCCACGAGGUGGCAGGAAGUGAUGCAGACAUUCAAAUCGACUUCACUAAGGCUGACCACAAUGAUGGAUAUCCCUUUGAUGGGCCAGGGGGAACUGUGGCCCACGCAUUUUUCCCCGGGGAGAGGUUCACAGCUGGGGAUACGCACUUUGAUGAUGAUGAGGCGUGGACCUUCAGAUCUCCAGACUCUCAUGGGAUGGAUCUAUUUGCGGUCGCUGUCCACGAGUUUGGUCAUGCCAUCGGCCUGGUCCACACCUCAGCCAUUGAGUCCAUCAUGAGACCGUACUACCAGGGUCCUGUAGGAGACCCUCUGAAAUACGACCUACCCUAUGAAGACAAGGUCCGCGUCUGGCAGCUCUACGGUGUUAGAGACUCAGUGUCCCAUACAAAUCGACCAGGCAGCCCCUCCCAGACGGCUGAACCUCCUGUCCUGCUGGACCUUCCUGAAAACAGAUCCACUCUCCUGCUGGCGCGAGAUGCCCCAGACAGAUGCACCAGUCACUUUGAUGCCGUGGCCCAAAUACGAGGGGAGGCCUUCUUUUUCAAAGGGAAGUACUUUUGGCGACUAACUCGAGAAAAGCACCUGGUGUCUCUGCAUCCGGCUCAGAUCCAUCGCUUCUGGAGGGGCCUUCCACCCAAUCUGGACAGCGUGGAUGCUGUGUAUGAGAGGCCUGGGGACCACAAAAUAGUCUUUUUUAAAGGUCUGAAGUAUUGGGUAUUUAAAGACAAUAACGUGGAGGAGGGUUACCCUCGUUCUAUCAGUGACUUCGGCCUACCUUUGGAUAGCGUUGAUGCUGCCUUUGUUUGGCUACACAACGACAAAACCUACUUCUUCAAGGACAACCACUACUGGCGCUACGAUGACCACCUCAGACGUAUGGACCUGGGCUACCCUAAAGACAGCACGCUUUGGAAGGGGCUGCCACCAAAUCUGGAUGAUGCCAUGAGGUGGUCUGAUGGCUCGUCCUAUUUCUUCAAGGGGAAGGAGUACUGGCGAGUGCCUAGCAGCGACAUGGAGGUGGAGGCGGGUUACCCCCGCCUCAUCGCUAAAGACUGGCUGCUUUGCACCGAGAUGCAGUCGGACUCUCCAGACACAGAGCCCAAAAGCACAGAGACGAGAGGCAACGUGCACCAUCACCCGGACCACGCAGAGAAUGGAUAUGAGGUGUGCUCCUGCACCUCUGACACUGCCUCGCCUUUAGGCGCCCGCCCCUCCCCAUCACCCCUGUGGCUGCUGCCACCUCUCUGGACGCUCUCGCUGGCCCUCCACUCUGAACUGCUAUGAUGCCAAAGCAGGGGACAGAGUUCUCAAGCCAGGGGCGAAAAAGAGACUCUUUGGUGGAGGGCCAGUGGACACUGAAUACAAACUGGAAAAUUUUGUUCAUAUAAAUAUCAAUUGGUAUGUUUUGUUAUUAUUUUGCUGUUAUUUAUUUCACACGCCCUUUGAUGGUCAUCUAAAGCGCCUUGCAGUAUGGGUAGUACAUACAUACAUAUACAUAUACAUAUAUACAUCCAUAUUAUCAUACUUGGGUAUAUCUUAUAGGCAUCGAUCCACUGAUAAUGCUAAUACCGUGCUUUACAAAUUGAGUUACACAGAACCACAAGUUCUAUCUCUUGGUUUCUUCUUGAAUGGCUGAACUGUCUCAUGGUUGCAAGGAAGCUAACUGAGUGUUCGGAACCAUGUUCAUGUGAAAUACUACAGUAUUCCAACAGCAUAAUGGCUUUUUUCAUGUACAACAAGUUUACAACAAUAAUAAAUUGCAUUCUGGGAUGUGGGUAAAUGGCAUUCAGGGCUGUAAUCUUUAAACAGUAGAAUGGCAUCCUGAAUAGUUCGACAUUUUGGGAAAUUAAAUAUGCUUAUUCGCAGUCUUGCCGAGAGGUAGGUGAGAAUAUCAGUGCCACUGUCAUGUCUGUCUGGUAAAUAUUAAGCUACAGCGAGCGGCUGGGGAAACAGCUGAACAGUUCUCUUCAUGGAAAAAAAAAACAACUGACGUUUAAAAUGUGUUUUUACAGUGAGGUACUGGUAAUUGGAUUUUGCUACCUCCAGGAAGAGCCAGGCUAGCAGUUCGCCCACUGUUUCCAGUCUUCGUGCUAAGCUAAGCUAAGCCAGGUCCUGAUUGAUCUUCUCAUCUUAAACUUGGCAGGAAAGCAAAAACAAUUUAAAACUCCUUAAAUUGUGCCUGGCGAGUAGAACUUUUGUGUACCAGCGUUCACCACCAAUCAGAUGGUUCUGUUUAAGUUUAGGCUGGUUGCAGUGAAGCUUCCAGCUGUGAGUGCGGUUGGGGUUUGAGUCUACAAUCCGAGAGAAAGAAUAUUUUAACUCAGCCUGACAGUAAGAGCAGCCUGAGAGACUCUAACCAGGGCAAAGAAUGACAUGUGGUAUAUAGAUACUGUAGUUAGACAGUUGACUGACAACCUGGUAUGUAUCUAGGCAGACAGGUGAAAAGUACCCUGGGAUUUAGAGUAGAUAGAGAGUUUUACACAUGAAUGGCCCCAUGGGAUGUUGACGGAGUACAAAUGAAUGGCUUGUGUGGAUGUCGACAGGUAGAUGAAUGGCAUCGGGGGCUGUAAACAGGUAGGCAGCUACGUGAGGAAAAGGGCGCCCUUGGCUGUGGGAAAUAAGACCAAUUAGUGACUUCCUGUAUGACAGAGAAAGUUCAAGACUUUCCCAGUGUCACUUAACGCCAUUAUUCUUAGCACCAUUAGCUUAAAUCCCUUACUUAGUCCUCCCAUGCUCUUUGAGGAACUGCUGCUCAUGCACUGUAUCUCCAUGAAUUCAUCAUUUUCAGCUCUGGUACAGAAGCAUUCCAUGCCAUUAUCAGAGGCAGUAUUGGUUUUGUUGUAUUUUUAUUUUAUUUUUUGUAAUAAAAAUGGAUAGAUUGUGAGUCCCUAUUGCUUUGAUCAGAUUAUCGUUCACAGAGCCGUUAUCCUCACUGCUGGACGAUUUCCUUCAUCAAUCCGUCUCCUGGUGGCGUCGUUGGCAGACCUCACGAGAUAGCAUCUGGAUUAAUUAUUGCUGAUAUAUUUACCUACAGUUUAAUAUAGACACCGAUAUAUUUGAGUUGAGAUGUUCCAUGGUUACUGCAAAACCAAGUGGACUGUGUAUAUUUCAAAGUGUGUUUUCUAAUGUAAAAUAUUUUUCUAGAAAAAUAAAGGAAUCUGAACGACUU